AUGAUUUCCUCGACAUGUUGGGUUCCAAGAGGCUUUGCCUCCGAAUUUCCAGAGCAGUAUGAAUUGGACGAUGCUGAAAUGGAGCGUAUCAACAAGAUGGCCCAACUCGAAUUGGCAGAUGCCAAAGAAAACUUGGCUGAGGCAGAGAAGGAGCAGAAACAGUCUCUCCAAACCGAAGCCGAGGUCGAUGACGAGUUGAAGGAGUAUGAUUUGGAAAACUACGAUGAUGACACUAAGAGCGGUACUUCGGUUUCCUUCAUUCCCGGCCUUGCAAACACUGACGCCGAGUUCCAAGAAGGUGAAGAGGGUGCAAACUACCUCUCCUUGCCAAACGAAAGAGACAUGCAAGAAGAGAAAGAGGAGCUCCAAAUCUAUCCUACCGACAAUUUGCUUUUGGCCACAAGAACUGAAGAUGAUGUCCUGUACUUGGAUGUGUACGUCUAUGAUGAUGGUGCUGGUGCCCCAGAUGGCGCUGAGGAAGAAGAGGGAGAUAAGUUGGACGAGGAUGUUGCCAGAGGUAUGACCAGAGAUUCCAAUCUUUAUGUUCACCACGACUUAAUGUUGCCAUCGUUCCCAUUGUGUGUCGAGUGGAUUAACUUCCGUCCUGGAAGCUCAGUUUCCGACACCAACGAGAACAUCGGUAACUUUGCCGCUAUCGGUACCUUUGAUCCACAAAUCGAGGUCUGGAAUUUGGAUUGUCUUGAUAAGGCAUUUCCAGAUUUGAUUCUCGGAGAACCUCAACAAAACUCAUUCGCAUCUGUUUCUUCCAAGAAGAAGAAGAAGAGUAAGGAGAAGAAGCACAUCACAACCCACCACACAGACGCAGUCUUAUCGUUGGCACACAACAGAACACACAGAAACAUAUUAGCAUCUACAUCCGCCGACACCACAGUCAAGCUUUGGGAUUUGUCUAACGGCAGUGCCGUCAGAUCCUUCGCUGACAUUCACAAGGGCAAAAUUGUCUCUUCAUCUCAGUGGCAUCAGCUGGAGGACUCCAUUUUAUUGACGGGUGGCUACAACGGAGCCUGCGCCAUCACUGAUGUGAGAAUUUCAGACUCCAACGAAACGAGCAAGUCUUAUUUUGUUGGUUCUGGCCAAGAAGUUGAGACCGUUAGAUGGGGAAGUCAACCAGAGCUCUUCUACUGUGGUACUGACAACGGAAAUGUAUACUGUUUCGAUAUUCGUAACCAAGACAAACCACUUUGGACCCUUCACGCUCACGACGCCGGUAUCUCCUCCUUGGAUAUCAAUGUUAAUAUCCCUGGUAUGAUUAUUACGUCUGCCAUGACCGAGAAAGUGGUCAAAUUGUGGAAAUGUUCUGGAAACAGUGGUCCAUCUAUGGUGUUGUCGCGUGAUUUCGGUGUUGGCAACAUUCUUUCUGCUGGUUUUGCUACUGACCAUGAGGUUGCCGGUUGUAUGUCUAUCGGUGGUGCUUCUGGCUCCGUAAAAAUGUGGGAUGUUCUCAGUAACCGCUCUGUCAGAUCUUCUUUCAGAGAGGAGUUGGCUCAGCUACAGAAAACCGCCAGAGAAAAAGCUCAGGCCAUCGGCCGUGCUUCCAGAAUUGCCAGAAAGUAUCAAACUGAUGUCUCAGAAUCUGUUAUGACUGUUGAGGCUGGCAGCUUGGAAGAUGAGUCUGACGAGGAAGAAGGCGAAGGCGACGAUGCUGACGACAACGAAGAAAUGGAGGACUAG